CCACAAAAUCUUUCAUUGUUUCAAGGUAUGAGCAAAUGACAUGCAUAAGUUAACUGCGACAAAUUUUAUCCUCAUCUUUAACAUUAUUUUCGAAAAAUCUACUUUUGUUGCGAUCUACCUCGAUUGGUACAAUGUCACAGAAUCAUCCCGUGUUAGUAAAAGGCCCUCUCACAAUAUUCCCCACUAAACCCAAAAUCUAUAUAUACAGAUCUAAACCACGGCAGUACAGUGGAGCUCGCAACAACCUUCAGAAUAUACAAUUUCUAUAUAUAGAAAGCAAGCAACCCUUCAAAAAUUCUCUUAUCACACACCCAGUGAUAAAACUUGGAUAUUCUGAUAAGGUGUUGCUUGCAGCUACUGAAAAUAUGGGUGGAUCUUCUUGGCCUACUGCUUCUGAGGUCGAUAGAGUAAAGAGAUCUGCAGCUUCUUUGGCAGGAUGUGAUGUAGACGAAGUACGAGUGGUUGCUUCUCCAUAUAGGAUUUGCCCUCUCGGUGCCCACAUUGAUCAUCAGGGGGGUACCGUGACAGCAAUGACAGUCAAUAAGGGGAUACUUCUAGGUUUUAUCCCUUCUGGAGACAGCAAGGUUGUGCUGCAAUCGGCUCAAUUUAAAGGAGCAGUUCAAUUCAGAAUUGACAACAAUCUAUGCAAAGAAGAUGGUGAAGUUCAUGAAGAAUGUGGAUGGGGUCGCUUGGCAAGAGGUGCUGUAUUUGCUUUGAAAAGUGCAGGAAAAAGCUUAUAUCAGGGUAUAAUUGGCUUUGUUGAUGGAUCAGGACCUUUUGAUAGUUCAGGCAUCAGCUCUUCAGCUGCUGUGGGGGUUGCUUAUCUUUUGGCAUUUGAGAGUGCAAAUGAUUUGAAUAUUUCUCCAUCAGAAAAUAUUCAGCUGGAUAGGAUGAUUGAAAAUGGAUUUUUAGGUCUAAAGAAUGGUAUUUUGGAUCAAUCUGCGAUCCUGCUUUCUCAAAAGAAAUGCCUUACAUGCAUCGACUGCAAGAGCAAAGACUACAAGUUCAUACUUCCUCCCAUAUCCAAUGGAAAUAGUAAUAAUGAAGAGCUGGAGUCCUACAAAAUAUUAUUGGCCUUUUCAGGCGUGAAGCAUGCAUUAUCAAGCAAACCAGGAUAUAACUCAAGGGUAGCUGAGUGCCAAGAGGCAGCUACAAUUUUGCUGGAGGCAUCUAGAAGAACAUCAGCAGAGCCUCUUCUUUGCAAUGUUGCACCAGAAGAUUAUGCAGUACACAAGGAGAAGUUAAAAGAUAACUUAGCUCGGAGAGCAGAGCACUACUACUCAGAAAACAGCAGAGUUCUUGCAGGACUUAAGGCAUGGUCUUGUGGAAAUUUGGAAGACUUUGGAAGGUUGAUGUCAGAGUCUGGAUUGAGUUCUAUAGUAAACUACGAAUGUGGUUGUGAACCAAUGAUACAGCUUUAUGAGAUUCUUUUGAAAGCACCAGGUGUAUUUGGUGCAAGAUUUAGUGGAGCAGGAUUUCGAGGUUGCUGUGUGGCUCUUGUUGAUUCCAAAUUUGCAGAGAAAGCAGCAUCAUAUGUUUUUGAAGAAUACAAAAAGGUUCAACCAGACUUAGCUGCACAGUUGGAAGAGGAAACUGCUGUCUUGAUUUGUGAAUCAGGAGAUAGAGCUCGCCUGAUAUGAUAUAGAGUCUUACCUUGGCUUUGUUUUCAGCUGGUGAAGCUCAGUGCUCAAUUGCUAGCCUGCGCUAUGAAGACAACCAGUUCAAGAUUCAUUAUUAUUUAAGUAUUCAAUUCAAUGUAUGUGUGAAGUGUUGUUGCAAUUUCCUUGCGGUCAUCGCAAAUCUCAAUCUCAUUUUUCUACACUUCAGUUGUCUUAUUCUUUAGCUAGAUUAAUCUGCAAAGUCAGAUUAUCUCAUUGUUUACCACGAUCAUCAGAGUGCUAAUGAAAUUAUAAAUUAAAUGUUCCAUGGAGGAAAUAUGUAUAGUUUACUUCCAGAGAAUGUUUUAUUCAUGAUCCAAGCAAUCUGAACAAUAUUUGUAUUCAUGUUUCCAAGCGAGCAAGUGGACUGCUAAAUUCUACACUUAAUUGCUAUGUUAUUCUUCAGCUGGAUUAAUCUGCAUAGUCAGAUUAUAUUAUUCUUUGUCACUAUCAGACUGUAAAUGGAUUUAAAAAUUACUUGCUCCUUGGAAGAAAUGUGUCUAAUUUACUUCCAGAAAUUGUUUUAUUCAUUAUCUUAGCAACCUUAACAACA